AUGGGCACUAGGGUCGGCGCGACUUUCAUUGGAUUUGUGAAGUAUGGGCCUUAUUGGCGUCGUGAGAGAAGACUCUUCCAACAGGUGUUCCGAGCCGAUCACGUUGCGCAAUAUGCUCCCAGGACUAUGCGCGCAGCUGUGAACAUGCUAAGACAGCUUCUUUAUCGAAAGGAAGAUUUCAUGAGCUGCAUUCGACGCUUCGCAGUAGGAAAUGUUCUCGGCAUAGUGUACGGGUACGACAUCCCAGAAGUCUACGACCACUUCGUGGAGCUUGUAGAACAUCGCUGA